ACUUGAUGUCCCCAAAUACAGUAUCAUUGUAUUCUGUCCUUUGCACCAUUAGCACCCACAUACAACGUGUUGGGUUAUUUCUACUUUUGUAAUAUAAAUUUAUCUAAAAAAAAAAAAAAAAGAAAAAACAUUGACAUUGAGAGGGUGAGCAAGCAAACUUCAGGAGAAGGUGUGAUCCUUUGCGAUGUGGGAGUGACUGGAAGGUUGAGUAUAAAGUGACCAUGGAUGCAGGGAGAACAAUGGGCGGCGUUCCAGUAGUUUGUGGCUGUGAGAGAUGAUGAGAGCGGGCAGCACAGCAUAAAGAGGAACUACAAGGAUCACACACUAUACUGUACUUCCAGCAGCUGUCCAUUGGUCAAUAAGACAAGCUUAGGAUGGAGAAAUCUGCACUGCUGCUGUGUUACUGCCUGGUCAUGUCCACAUCAGGAUCCCCGCUAUUCCCAUCCAUCAGGUUUGGCCAGAGGGACACGUCCAUCCUGAUGACAUCUUCUCUAAAGAAUCCAGAGCAGCUUGAAGACACAAGUUCUUCCCAAGAAAGAGCAGAGUUACGCUUGGCCCGCCACGCUGACGCCAUCUUUACAAACAGUUAUAGGAAAGUGUUGGGCCAAAUCUCUGCCAGGAAGUUCCUCCAGACCAUCAUGGGCAAACGUCUCGAAGAUGGAAGUGAGAGUUAUAUGAAACGCCAGUCAGAUGUCUAUGAAGGAACGUAUAAUGAAGAUCUGACGUCCAUCCGGAGCGAUCAGAGGUACAUGGGGACUUGAUGACAUGCAGCGAGGCUCAGACGGAAGCAGACACACUGUGUGCUCCUUUUCAAAACCAUCCCAGCUUGUUGUCCCUGACAAAAAAUAUUUUUCUUUUUCAUUGAAGAACUGAACAAAACAUCCACAAUUAACAAUACAUGUAUUGUCAUUUCUGUAUGUUUGUUGUACUUGUUUUUUUUUUGGUCAAAUUGUGGACUAUUGGCUUCAAGUGUAAACAUUUGCAGGCAUAAUAAGAAUAAAAAUAGUCAGACAGGGUUAUUCAAACUUGUUCCUUCGUGGGGCUUAUUCAUGUUCUUUUUAUUACACAUGCAGUCAUCAAUCCAAAGUAGUCUUACACAACAAGCACCGUAAAACUAAUGCUGCAAAUGCAAAAAAAAAAUAAAAAUCUACGACGGAGUAUUAGGGCCGCAUUGGAAAAGAAAUAUUAGCUUACGACAAUAAAGUCGUAAAUUUAUGAGAAAAAAGUCCU